AUGACAUUUCCUCGACAUUUCCAGCCAUUCCAUACGUUGAAUGGUUUCGUACGAAAGAACAAAUACUUUAAAAGGUUUCUUGUUUUAAAAAUAAUGUUUGUUUUUGAUGAAAAAUCCAAUCAAAAUUCCUUAAUUUCUAAGGAAAUUCAACAGUUAUUUUAUGAUUCUUCCUCAAACGCUCCUUACAGUGAAAAUGUAGAAUUUAUUAAUGAAAAUUUAACGUUUAAUUGGCAAAAAAUAGCGAAGUUAUGCGAUCCAACAGAUUUAUCCUACGAAAACUGCAAAAGGAUCAUUCCUCUGUACAGAGAAGUAUGGAGAGAAGCUGAACAAACCCUAAUCCAAAGAAUUUCACAAAAAUCACCCACACUCAUCCCGCCAAAGCAGUAUUCUUGGACAGGCCGGAGUGAUUUUAUUGAAAGAAUUCUUCAUGAUUUCGUGGAAGGAUCAUCCUCACGCACUUCCACAGUCGAAGCAACUCUUGUCCUUUCUUCAGUCAUUGAGUUUGCACUGGGAAAUGUAUUUUUCACGGUGUCCGGAAAAAUGCCACCUCAUUUACUGCGAGAUGUUCUCACAAUGAAGGAAUUGGAUGAGGUGUUUGGUAAGGAAAAACUUUUCUUCCUGCAAAUCCUCAUGGGAACACCGAAUGGGAUAAAUUUACGAAAUAUCGUUUGGCAUGGAUUUCCAGCACCACAAGAAAUACCACCCUACUACCUCUGUGUUCUUCUUAUGCUUAUUUUCUCACUGGGAAAUAUUCUUAUUGAGAAAAAUCUUCAAGUAGUCCCGAGGAAAAUCCCGUACAAUCCUAUAGAAAUGGCCAAUCGAGAUAUUGUUCUCGAAGUACCUUGGAAAUGCUACAAAAAUGAGGAAAUCCUAAAUUUCUUGAGAGUAUCCGAUCUCAUUUCUAUGCAACACAUUGUUUUCUGGGAAGAAAUCCUAGAGAACUUUCACAGAGGAAACUACGCUUCUGGAAUAAUUCUCAUCUUGCCGCAAUUUGAGCUUAUUCUCAGGAAAAUCUAUGGAGAAGUCAAUGAUGUGGAUAUUAUGGCUCGAAUUGGAUCAUAUUACAUCAUCCUGGAUACAUUCAUGGAGGAAUUCCUUCCAGGAAAUGAGAAAGUUAAUCAAAUUCAUGAAAUUUUUUGCCCAGGAACUCUACAUCUUAUUCAUGACCUCUUCAUGGCGCCCAAAGGACCCAGGAUACGCGAUAAAAUUAGCCAUGGAGAAUUGUCUUUGGAAGAAAUCAAUGAUAGAGAUAUCCUGGAUAAACUAAUUACGCUGGGACUUGGAGUUUUAUCCCACAUUCACGUGAUAAAGGGAAUACAGCAUCCAAUGAAUAAUCUUUUCACAUUCUUGCGAGACUACCGAAGUCAAUUUCAUCCCAACGGGCGACUUUUGAUUGACUUAAACAACAUCCCAUUGAAGUUAAAGGAGAUGAAAUGCAUCAAAGUUCCGGAAGAUUUGGAUUUUGAACUCUCCUUUGGGCAACAACCUGUUCCAGAAAACAGUCUAAGCGCAGAGGAGUUGAAAAUAUUCUUUCGUCCUCCUGAAGAGAUUGAAAUUGUUGGAAUACUCUCAAAAAUUCUCACAAAUGCCCUCUGUGCUGCUACAAAUUUCCACGAAGGACUCCAAGAGCGUCUUUUGAUGUUCAACGCCAAACUUUUGCGAUCCAAAAGGAGAGAAACUCUCAUUAAGUGCCUUAAACUUGCACCUAAAAUCUACAGUUGGCUCCUAGAUCUUCACCAAAUGGUUGAGAAAGUCUUCCUCAUGCUGCAGAAAUAUUCAGCAAGUUCUGAAAGUCCCAAUGAGAUUCUCCAGGACAAUAAGCUAAAGAGACUCUUACGCAAAAUACAGAAAUAUUCUGAAAAUCUCACACAAACCACGCAAGUGUCCACCAAUGACUGGAUUAAAUCAUCCACAGCAGUAGACAGGUCCGUGGAAAUGUUUGGAAAAGUAAUUGUCCUUCUUAAUCGGUAAUGUUACGCAGAAAGGAAUUGUGUGGUGGAUAAAAUCACUUAUUAUGGGGUCUCAAGUGGGGGCUCUGUGGGGAAUGCACUUACGAGCCCACCUGUCCAGCACAUUAAAGUAUCUAUGAUCGUCAUUCAGCCUUUAGGCGUUUGUGCGUCGGCGGAGGAUUCUCCUCACUACCCUGAGAAUUGGAGUCCUCAGAGAAUGGCAUGCUGGACACAAACUCCUGAGAAUCACUGACCAUCGAGAAGCCUUAUUGUAGUGAAAAAGCAAUAAAUUAGCAAUUUUCUAAGGAAUUCAGCUUGAACAGGCAAGAAAGUCGAAAGAAACCAA